AGCGACCAGCUGCUCAUCAAGGGAGGCCGCAUCAUCAAUGACGACCAGUCCUUCUACGCAGACAUGCACCUGGAGGGCGGGAUCAUCAAACAAAUCGGGGAGAAUUUGGUUGUUCCUGGUGGCGUGAAGGUCAUCGAGGCCAACGGACGGAUGGUCAUCCCUGGAGGCAUUGACGUCAACACCUACCUGCAGAAGCCCUCGCAGGGCAUGACUGCUGCCGACGACUUCUUCCAGGGCACCCGGGCAGCCCUGGCGGGCGGGACCACCAUGAUCAUUGACCAUGUCGUCCCUGAGCCUGGGUCCAGCCUGCUGGCCUCCUUUGAGAAGUGGCAUGAGGCAGCAGACACCAAGUCCUGCUGCGACUACUCACUGCAUGUGGACAUUACCAGCUGGCACGAUGGCAUUCGGGAGGAGCUGGAAGUGCUGGUGCAGGACAAAGGCAUCAAUUCCUUCCAAGUCUACAUGGCCUACAAGGACCUCUACCAAAUGUCUGAUAGCCAGCUCUACGAAGCCUUCACCUUUCUGAAGGGGCUGGGAGCUGUGAUCCUGGUGCACGCAGAAAACGGGGACUUGAUUGUUCAGGGACAGAAGCGGAUCUUGGAGUUGGGCAUCACUGGUCCUGAGGGCCAUGCUCUGAGCCGACCUGAAGGGGUGGAGGCUGAGGCUGUGUUCCGGGCCAUCACCAUCGCCGGCCGCGUCAACUGCCCCGUGUACAUCACCAAGGUGAUGAGCAAAGGGGCUGCCGAUGUCAUUGCUCUGGCCAGGAAGAAAGGCCCUCUUGUCUUCGGCGAGCCCAUCGCCGCCAGCCUGGGCACUGACGGGACCAGCUACUGGAGCAAGAACUGGGCUAAGGCGGCCGCCUUUGUGACCGCACCACCCCUGAGCCCGGACCCUACCACGCCCGACCACCUCACCUCUCUGCUGGCCUGCGGUGACCUGCAGGUGACGGGCAGUGGCCACUGCCCCUACAGCACCGCCCAGAAGGCCGUGGGCAAGGACAAUUUCACACUGAUUCCGGAGGGCGUCAAUGGGGUCGAGGAGCGCAUGGCCAUCGUCUGGGACAAGGCGGUGGCCUCCGGCAAGAUGGACGAGAACCAGUUUGUGGCCGUCACUAGCACCAACGCAGCCAAGAUCUUCAACGUGUACCCCCGGAAGGGGCGGCUGGCUGUGGGCUCGGAUGCCGAUGUGGUCAUCUGGGACCCAGACCGAGCCAAGACCAUCACUGCCAAGAGCCACAAGUCGGCCGUAGAGUACAACAUCUUCGAGGGCAUGGAGUGCCGCGGCUCCCCGCUGGUAGUCAUCAGCCAGGGCAAGAUCGUCUUCCAGGACGGUAGCCUGAGCGUGAGCAAGGGCCUGGGCCGCUUCAUCCCCCGGAAGCCUUUCCCUGAACACCUGUACCAACGCGUCAAGAUCAGGAGCAAGGUGCACGGGCUGCAUGGUGUCUCAAGAGGCAUGUAUGACGGCCCCGUGUACGAGGUGCCGGCCACACCCAAAUAUGCAACCCCCGCGCCGUCCGCCAAGUGCUCGCCUUCCAAGCACCAGCCCCCACCUAUCAGGAACCUGCACCAGUCCAACUUCAGCCUGUCAGGCGCCCAGACCGAUGACCACAACCCCCGGCGCACGGGCCACCGCAUCGUGGCGCCUCCCGGCGGCCGCUCCAACAUCACGAGCCUCGGCUGAGGGUGGCGAAGAGCCUGGGCUGAGCGGGCCCCCACCUGCCGCGUCGCCGCGUGGCGCGCAGGAGCACAGCCAUGUUUCCUGCCGUGAGGAAAAAGCGGUACUAGUGUGGUGUGUUUGCUUGGAAAUGCCUUGUCCUGUGUUCACACAGACUCACCUCAGAGCAUGGUGCCCACGUCCCUCUAGUGACCCCGGGUGGCCCCGUCUUGUUCUCCCCCCCACUGCCCCAUGGCUCCACGAUUCUCUGAGCAGUGUGCCCUGUACCCCGUAGCUGUUGUAGAGUAGUCGAUGCAUGUCCCUGAACUGUGAAUGCCCGUCUUUGAGCGUGUCUGACUCCACACACGGAGGACAAUGUGGACAUGGUGCCAAGACCUCACCCCCACCCGGGGCAUCCCCAAGCCCUGACACAAAGCUGUUUACUUGCUGCCCCACCCCACGUGGACCCCAGGAAGAGACCCUCCACCAGCUCCCCCUGGGGUCACCUGGGAGCCCUCAGGAAGGUGGGGGCCGUCGGCUGGCUGCCUCGCUGUCCUACCACUCAGUCCAUGUGUCCUUCAGCCAGCCUUGCACCCGCUGAGCCAGACUCCCCCAGAGCCAUCUCCCACCUUGUUCAAGGCUGCUAGGGGGAGGGGUGCCCCUGGCAGUCCAAGGCCUGGCCCCUCUGGGGCAGUGGGCAGGACAGCCUGGUUUUUAAAGUUUUGUACAAAGUUUUUCUUUGUAACCACCACCCCAUCCCCAUUUUUACUUGACAACCGACUUGUUGUGGCUCUUGUUUCUGAACUCAAAGCUUGUUGAAAUAAAGAAAACCAUUGCUCUCAGA